GCUUAGUAAGAUAACGCCAUCAUCACCUCCUUAACAUUAUUCCGUUUUUCAAAGGAUCCGCAUAAACUGAAGAUUUGAAAGGUCCGGUUAACGCCAUGAAAACCUUUAUUGUUACUCUGCUUGGAAUUUUGGUUACAACCAACGCAAUUCCUAACGAUGCAUGGGAGAUUUUUCAAAUUAAUCGGAACAGUAAACUGCAGAUGAAGGACCUCAAUAUGGAAGACAGUUACUCUUUAACCCAAAUAAAAUCGGGCAAUUUUGAAACUAAUAAUCAAAACAAUGAUAAAAAUAAACAAACUACUGAUGUUUUGAGUGCAGUAGAUACAUCUAUAAAGAAAACUACAAAUAAUGGCACAUUAAUAACAAAUACAACCCAGAAUGCUCAGGCAAACCAAACGUUGGCUAAAAACGUGUCAGAUGAUUCGAUAACUGUUUACAAUCUGCAAAAUAACAUAGAUAACGUUACAACAAAAAUAAUACUAGUUAAUAAUACUAAUGUUACAUCACGGCGUAUUGAUGAUUUAAUAAAAACUGUGACUAGCGACGUCAAAGCAGUUAUUUUCUUCGAGAUUGAUGAACAUACUGAAAACGUCGGAUACAUCGAAAACCAACUUGCUAGAAAAGGACUGUUCCUUAAUGAUACUUACGUUUUACCUUCAAAUAUAAAUCUUUUGGAUAUUCAGAACAAAUAUAGCACCUACGUGCGUAGCACUUUUGACGAGAUUUAUAGCAAGCUUUACAAUUUAGUCAAUGAUGAAAAAUAUGAUGAAGCGGUAACGUUUAGUAAACUUCUUAUGCCAACUGACAAUGAAAGGAUAUUAUAUCAUGUUAUAAUGAAUUUAAUUGAUAAAAGAAAUGAACGCAUUAUGGUAUACGCGUACAAACUCUGGGACAAUGAUGGUAAAUAUAUUGUAGAUCAAUACUUUCCUCAUGUAUUCCAAAGGCUAUUCAGCGAAGAUAAAGUGAAGAUACUUUAUAAAAAACAAAAUGGUCAUUUAAAAAUAACCCAUACCCAAAGCGACGAAUGGUACUUAUCCACUGAAUGCUCUUAUAAUGUAACCGAAAGUAAGCUCUGGAGUUUUAUCCCAAUCUUUAAGAAUGCGAGUGUUUCCUUUAAAAUGAAAAACCAUGCCAAUAACAUAUAUUUAAAGUUGCAAUAUGGUGCUGACGCGAAUGGAGACAGAAAAGCUUGGGGAGCUACAAACAAGCAGUUCUACGAAGAUAGAUUCAGAUGGCGUUUAGUGCCACAUUUCGAUUCACAUGGAUUUUUGAUAUUUUGCAUCAUUAACAGCCAGUACAACUUAUUUUUGAGGAGUAACCAUUGCUCAAAGGAAGACCAAGAUGUGAUAGGAGUAACGGGUGAGUGUGGGGCUGAUCUGAGUUGGUACAUAGCUCAUAAAGAAUAUUCAGAAUACGACUCUAAAGGACAACGCAUUUAUCCUGUAAGUGACAGAGACUUACUUACGAUACAAGGUGAAGAACCCAAAGAAGUUCCUGAUUAUUACUCGUAUUAGUUUAGUUACUAAGAAAACAGAUAAAAAUGCCAAUAUGAAUGAUUGUUAUGUAAGUUUUGUAUUCUAACCAUUUGACCAUUUAUGUAAUUUGAUGAUUUUUAUGUAAGUAGGUACUUUCGUUAUCUAUAAUAUGAAGCAAAGAUGAUGCUUUAACAUGUUUGUUUUUUCUCAUUUCUUAUAAUAGAAGACUUAUUUUUUU